AUGGUUAAGACUAGAGGAUUAGGCCAUGCAUUAGGUAAGGUUGGUGCCAGAGGUUGGGGAGAGGAGGGGAUGGACACCGGUGCAGAGAUUGACGCACAAGAUACCGAUGCAGAGACUGACGGGGACGAGCCUGUGGGAUUUCCUGGUGGACCCAGGGACCCAUCAGUGCUUACAGAGUAUGCUGACCAUGUUGCGGGCAGCGAACGUUCUGAGUUGAAGUUAUGCUCUCAUGGGAGGAAGGUGCAUAACUUGGGCAGGCCUGUUCCUGCAAUUGAGGACAUGGUUGUUGGGACAGGAUUAAGUCCUUUGAUCGCGUGUUCGAUAGACACCAGCAAUCAGGGACUUAUAUCCUCCUUUGUGGAGAGGUGGGACCGGGAGACUUCUAGUUUCCAUCUUUUUGUGGGGGAGGUGUUGAUCACGCUGGACGACGUCGCGUAUCUUCUCCAUUUGCCUAUCGUUGGCGCAUUCCAUGACUUCCAGCCUCUGUGCAUCGAUGAGACGGUGGUGCUGUUGGUUGAGUUACUGAUGGUCUCAACAGAGGUGGCCAUGACCGAGACAGGCCAAUGUGGUGGACCAUAUGCUCUGCAUGACCUUAAUCUUGUUGGGCGGUAUGCAUGGGGAGCUGUUGGUCUCAUCCAUAUGUACGAUCAACUUAAUGAUGCCAGUCUCAGUUGUUGGAUAUACGAGCACUUUUUGUCAGUUUCAGAGUGCAAUGCUGAUCCGGACUAUGACGAGGUGUCACCACGUGUGUGUCGGUGGAUUGUGACGAAGAAGACUGUGAAGAAGGUAUCUACAGUGACGUACAGGCAGUGCCUGGAUUGUCUAAGGAUCCUAGAUGUCUGCUGGAUGCCAUAUGCAGAGCACCGACCUAUCCAGGACUUUCAUCUGAUUUCGUGUUUCUCGGGACAGCUCCAUUGGGGGCCUGUUGUUGUCAGAUACAGACCGGAAAAGGUUAUGCGCCAGUUCGGCUACGUCCAGUGCAUUCCUGCACACCCUGUCCAUUCAUGGGUGUCAUAUGAUGACGUGAAUGAUACUUGGACGCACUACUCAGACUAUCUGGCAACAGCAGGUGAUCUAUGUAUUGUGUCAGGUCAGUGUGCGCCUGACUACAUAGACUGGUUCUUUGUCAUAUUGCAUCCAUUCAUGACUGUGCCACAGACGGAUCCUCCUCAAGAUGCAUAUGCGACGCAUCCCAGUCAUAUCCCUCAUGAGGCAGCACCGACAUCGACACAUGCGGAUCCUGAUGCGGACGAGCCCAAACAUGCAGUGGAGGCUUGUCAUGCGAUCGCGGAGGCGUUGGAGCAACAUCUAAAUGCGCCAAGCACAUCCACUCAUGAAGAGGUCAUCCAAAAAUGCCUCAGGAUUGCCAGGGGUGUCACAGAAGAUGUGAGGUCUCAACGUAGGCGCCGCACGGAUCAUCAAUAG